AUGGCUACUCUCAAAAGAAAAUCCCCGGAGCCCGUUGACGCGCCGGAUGUUACGCCUACGGGCCAUCCGGCGAAGAAGAUGCGCCUCACCCAUAACCAGAAGCAGACACUGAUGGAUAACCUUCAACUCGAAAGUGCGUGGGGGUUUACCCCUAGCUUGAUCAAUUACCCUCGUAUUGACUCUUUGGCAGUUACGGAACGAGCCCGCAAGCUUCGUGCUCAGUAUUCCUUGCAGGCGAAUGACCUUCGCGCGCGUAUCGAACGACGCGUCAACCGCAUUCCCGUCUCUUUGCGCAAGGCCAACAUGGGCGAAUUACUUGAGAAGCACACCGCGGCAGCUCAACCACAAGCGAUCUCCCCCUCGCGCAAGCAUUUGCCUGCAAAGGCUCCGCGUAACGUUACCAACAUCUCCAUUGAUCCCGAACUUUCAUCUGCAACACGCGAUAGCCGAGCCAGAAAAACUAGUCACGAGGGCCACUAUUCUGACAAGGAGAAUGCCCCGGCGGCUGGGGACGAUGGAUUGAAGAACCCAAAGCGGCGGGGUAAACCCGGUCCAGCAGCCGGUGCCUCGCGCGUUGUGUCCCAGGACGUGCGCAACAACGACCAGCGUAUUCUGUCUCCCAAGUCACUCAACUCUCGGACCUACCCGCACUCCCCGUUCCGCGCGUCGCCCGAAAAGGGUCAGACGUCAUACCUGUCGCGCCCCGUGUCCCCGGUGAAGCCCUCUAGCCCGCUUAGAACCGCCGGGGCGAGUGGCUGGGACAGCACUCAAGGUCGUCCCCGUGGUGCCACUACAUCUACAGUUAAGGACAACCGGCCACCGUCCCAAGCAAAGAAGACCACGACCCGCGCUGCGACAGGGCCCAAGACCAUCCGCUCGCCACUGCCUCGCCCAGCAACCCGACAGAACGAACGCAAGAACAGCACCGGUACGGUCUCGUCCGUCGCAUCCUCGGGCACUACAGUUCUGAAGUCCUCGCGAACGGGUACUGGUGCCACCAGAAAAGCAACCACGGGGACCACAGCUGCGACGAAGAAACCUACUAUUCCCCGUACCCAGACGGCCUCUCUUGCUGUUAAGAAAACCGCCAAUCCCGCAGCGACAGCACGAAAAACCACGGCACCCGCCUCGACCACUGAAGGUGCGGCUCGAGGCACCCGGGCGCUGCGGAAGCGUGUGUAG